UAAGUUCUUUGUAUUGGUUAACAGUUCAAUUAAUAUUUUAAAUUAGUGAAAAAUAGUGAUGUUUCCCUCAAAGUGUGUAAUUUUUGUUUUCUCUAGUGUUAUUGUGGCCUGUUUCAGUAAAAAUGAUUCGGAUACUGAUGGCAAGGUGAUAAAAACAUUUCCUUAUAGGUUCUCCUUUUACGAUCUUGAUCGUUUAAAUAUGAACGUGACCUUAAAAAAUAUACCCCCGAAUGUGACUUCUGCAUUUUUGAAAAUGCAGUUACCAAGAAGGAAACUUUCAAGAGAUUUCAAAAUAGGUCGCGGUGGUAACUCUGUGCAAAUCCAACGACAAUUUGAAGAAGAAAAGAUUGUAUCAAUUGACUUGGAACUAUACGAUUCAGUUGGACCAAAACGUGUAAUAAGAUUAUGUGAAGGAAAACAAGCAUUUUUAAAUAUAAGUUCAAUUACGAAACUAAUUGAAUAUAAGCCUGGAGGUCCUUGUUUUCAAGAAUCUGAGAGUUGCAUGCUCGAGAUAGAUUUAGGUUAUAAAGAAACUCUCUCAACUGUAGAACUUAUUAUAAUACCAUGUUCUGUCAUAUUAAUGCUGGUGUUAAUAUUACAAGCUAUCGAAGCUAUAAGGAAGCAUUGCAGGAAGAAACCAGAUAUAGCCAACAGACCACCAAUGCCUCUCCCACAUCAUCCAUUUUACCUGAAUCUACUCUUUCAAAAGGAAUGUGAAAGAGAAAUUCAAGAGAAAGAAGGACAACUUUGCGAAGAAAAUAUUUAUGAAGAAAUUGAUUCGUAUUAGAGAACUGUUAACCUGUAGGUCCCGGCUGUUAUUGAACAUCCUUGGCAAUCGUUACGGGCAGCCAGAAGCCAGUAAGUCUGACACCAGUCUAACCAAGGGGUAUUGGGUUGCCCGGGUAACUGGGUUGAGGAGGUCAG